GUGACCCGUUAUCUCUGCCUCUAUUAUCCCUCUCUAUCUUUAACAUUUUCCCUCUCUUUCCUCUCUACGUCCACCUAUUUACGAGAGACUUGAGCACGCAUACGCGAGUCCGCUGCGCAUCGCGUCGCGUAAGCUUCUCUGCGAGCAAUCGCGUAUAUCACGGGACAGGGUCGAUCGAAAGGGCGAAAGUCGGUAGGAGGGGAGGAUCGAAGAAGGGUGGAAGCGUGUGGAUCACGGUGGUCGGCCGCCAUUGCUAGCGGAGCCACCUGGUUUGGUGGAUUCGCGAAGAGGGAUGCAAAGGGGUGUUAAGGAGAAAUCGCGUAUUGACGCGUCUGCGUGGUCACGUCGGCGCCGUAAAGGGUGCACCGUGGAGGGGCGGGAGACCGCGGUGACGCGGGAGGUGGUCUUUCCAUCGCGAGAGGGGAGAGAGAAAGAGAGAGAGAGAGAGAAGGGAGAGCGGUGUGCACGCGCUCUGAAAAGCUCUCUUGGGCCAGCUUCGAUCGCUCAAUAUUCAACCCCUCGCCGGACGGGACCGCCCGAGAGCAGCGCGACUCCUCCAGAGACGGGGGCACGACGAAUCGACCAUUCCUUCCUUUGCGCCCUCGCCCGCGGAGCUGUUCGAUCGCGGCCGCCGAGCGUCGUUCCGGAGGAGCGCCGAAGGAAGGAAGUCCUCAGCCUACGAGGGGAAUCACAGGACGCGCGCGCGGACUGGCAGCUGGCAGUUUCUGCACUCGUAUCUUCUGCCUCGUUCGUCUCCUGAAUAGAAUCCCGCCCUUUUUUCCUCAUCGCUCACCCUUUCUCGCGCGAUUAUCCAUCGGGAAAUUGUCGUCGUAUAGAGCAACAUGGAGGGCAAGAAGGUCGAGCAGUUUUACAUGCCGCCGCCGAAGCUCGGAAAAUGGGAGGGCUUCCGGGUCUUCCUCUGGAACUCCGAGACGGGACAGUUCUUAGGGCGUACCGGCGCCAGUUGGGCUAAGAUUCUGCUGUUCUACGUAAUUUUUUAUGCCGUCCUGUCCGGCUUUUUCGGCGCGAUGCUGGCUGUGUUCUAUCAAACUCUGGAUCCUAAUGCACCCAAGUGGCAACUGGACAACUCGCUAAUUGGUAGCAACCCAGGUCUCGGUUUUAGACCUAUGCCUCCUGAAAGCAACGUCGAAAGUACAUUGAUCUGGUAUAAAGCCAGCGAUGAGGGUAAUUAUCUUCACUGGACCAGAGAACUGGACAGAUUUUUGGAAGAAUAUGAAAAACCGGCUAGCGGCACAAAUAACUUCGAACAGAGAGUGCAUUGCGAAUAUAAAAAACCAGCACCACCAGGUAAAGUUUGCGAUGUAGAUAUGUCUGAAUGGGGACAGUGCACGAAAGCAAGGAAGUAUGGCUUCCACAAAUCCGCACCUUGCAUUUUCCUGAAAUUGAAUAAGAUUUUCGGAUGGAUGCCGCAAUUUUAUAACGAUACGAAAAAUCUGCCGUCUACAAUGCCGGCGGAUCUCCAGGAGCAUAUCAAACAGGAAGAAGGAAACGGGAGGCUGGACACUGUUUGGGUUUCCUGUGAGGGUGAAAACCCAGCCGAUGUGGAGAACAUGGGAGCGAUUCAAUAUAUUCCGCGCCGCGGUUUUCCCGGUUUCUAUUUCCCAUUCAGGAAUACCCCGGGAUAUCUGAGUCCCCUUGUAGCUGUGUUCUUCGAAAAGCCCAAGUACGGCGUGCUCAUCAAUAUCGAGUGCAAGGCAUGGGCGCACAAUAUCAUCCACGACAGAUUCGAAAGACGUGGCUCGGUGCAUUUCGAACUGAUGGUAGACUAAAGCCGGUCACUUCGGCCAAUCGUCAGAUCAUCAUCGCUACCACCCGCGUCCAAAAAGUAGGAAGCCGCAAGAGAUUAGAACAGAGAGAAGACAUUUCUUUUUUUUUAAUCCGCCUCGUUGGCCGACCGCGAUCACACUCUGUACCAUCCGGUUUUCUCUCUGCCGACGAUACCGCCCCGGAUCAGCCUUACUUCUUCAUCUGCCAUCGUUUAUCAUGAGCUCAUCGUUCGUUCGUCGUACUUACAACGACUGCGAAAACGCUGUCCGUCUGUCGUCAAAUGAGGGAGAGAGAUAGAGAAAAGAAAAUGAAAAAGAGAAAAAACAAUAGAGACGAAAAAAAAAUCGCAUCUAUGAGAAAAUAAACUCAACGAUCGACUACAUCAAUUGAGGUGCGCAAAAAAAUGGAAUCGGAAAGAAAGAAAGGUGAAAGGAACAAUCCCGCACAAAUGCCGGGCGGUAUCUUGUCUUAUUUCUGCCAGGGUUGUGUCACCGAGGAGUGAUCUCGACCAUCGACGGCUAAGUCGAUCGUUCGCAAUAUUCGAUUUUCAUGCGCGCGAGAGAGAUUCUCUCCCUUAGUUGAAAAAAAUGUCCCUACCGAGACCGUUUUGGUUUUAGAUCUUUUAAGCCUUUUUCGUUACACACUACGUUCCUUUUCACGAUGACGAGCUUGGCCGAUGACUUCUCACGGCACUGCGAAUGAUCGAUAAUGAUCUUAGCUCUCAGCCAUGUAGAAUAUAUCAUAGAUUAGUAUUUUUUGCCCAUCACGCGCUACGAUACAUCUCGGUAUGUCGAAAUUUUUGGGCAGUUUAACGAGAGAGAAAUGAUAUUCGCCAUGAAUUCUAACGGAAGACAGCACAAAGGGGUACAAGUGUAGGCUCAAUUGGAUCAAAUUGCCAUUAAAAAAUAUAAACAUAGCAUGUGACGUUAUUAAAGAUUUUGAUUGAUGCUGAAAAGAAGUUUGGUUCCCCCAAAUAAAAUUAGUCGCAAGUGAUACAAGGCUGUCAACCGUCAAUGUCUAUCGCAAUGUUAAAUGAGAUUGCAUGUUUUGUGCGAAACUUUCUCAAUUCUAUUGGUAUUCUAUUGAUAAUAAUGUAGGUAAAAUUUAUAUAUUUAUUUUAUUGAAAAUUUAUGAAUGUAUAAUUUUUUGACAAUUUUCGUUCCUGUUGAAAUUUAUCGAAAUGCAUUAAAGUAUUUCAGUUAAUUUGAAAUUAACGCUAUUUUGGCAAGGAAAAUAUAUUUUUAUUUUAAUAAAUAAUAUAUAUUAAAAGCUCAAGUUGCUUUUUGACAUGUCACGUUUAUAACGUAGCACAGGUCGCAACAUUGAUCAGAAUUCUAUUUCUAUCACUUGACCGUAAGAGCUAUUGUAUGCGAUAUGUGUGUUACGUUAUGUUUGUGCGUUGUAUGUUAACAAUUGUUACUUGUAUUCCUUUAUUUUGGAUAUUUUUAAUUAAGCGUUAAAAUUAAGAGAGUUAUUAUAUUGAAAUCUUUGCAAUGAACAGUAUUUGAUGAGAGAGUAUUUACCAGAGAAAUGGAUAUUAAGAGUUUUGAUCAGCGGAAGCGAUCGAUGGUUAUUAUCUCAAUCAGUAAUAUGUUGAAUGUGUAUGAUGAUCUAUGAUUCUAUAUGAUGCAUUUUUUAUACUGCAAUCUACGAAAAGACACACUCGGAUUCGCAAAAAUCUAUUGCGUCUAUCGAUUUUUGAGAUCGUAAACAACGGGAUCUACAAAUUCUUGGACAAGUCUUUUGAAUUGUCGGAUUAUUAAAGAAAUGUAAUAUUCUAAUGUCUUUAAAUAAUAGGAAAAGUAUGGCGAAUUAUUAUAAACGUACAAUUAAAUUAAUUAAUAAACAAAUUAAUUAUUAGGCUCUAUAUUUACUUAAGAAUUUAUGUAACAUUUUUGCGACAUUGUAUCGUUUUAAUGAAUACGUAUAAAAAUA